AAAGCAUCUGCUGUUGCACUCGCGACAUUUCACGCCUUCUCUCGUGGAUACGCAAUGUCUGAAGCGGUGGAUAGUACACAGUCUGAGCCACAUAUCUUGGUCGUACUCAAAUAUCUAGGCCUCCCCAGGGACUACGAGCCUUCCCCUGUCAAGCAGCCCGAGCAGUUCCUCGCCCAGUAUAUGCGUAGCCUACCACAAGACCUUCUUGUGCUGUUUACCCCCCACGUAAACGCUAAACAGCGGACAAAACUGCCCACGAUACGCAACCGGCGGCUACGCUACUUUGACUCGGACCCGCCGGAGUUCCAGAUGCCGCUGGCGAAAGCGACCUUUUCGUCGCUCUGGCCGGGGCCUGUCGGAAACAUGCAAGACGUCGCGAGGAGGGAGGUGGAAGAUGAGAAGGAGUGGGCAGACAGAGAGUUUAUGGACGGAAGAACGGAAGGACGGCAAGUCGGAAAACUGGCAGAGCUGCUUGGCACCUGGACGGAGGAGCGAGAGGCAGAGAGGGCUCGAGAUUUGCGCAGGGAACAGCGCGAAGCUGAGGAAGCCAUUCCAGAGGAAGAAGAAGACACGGACGACGAAGACGCUGCUGCUGCUGCUGCACAAGAAGAGUUGUCACCCCAAGAGAUGGUGGAACUUUUCAAGCGUCGUCUGAAAGAGAGGUUUAUCUACGGGCUGCUAGACGUGGUGGACUACGACAGGGUCGACUGGGACGAAAAUUGGGACUCAGAUCUUGAUCGAGACGAGGAAGAACGAUGGUUUGACGACGAAGAAGAGAGUGCUGCGACAGCCUUGGGUGCGGCGGUGGAUCCAUAAGCACGCCAAAAACACUUGGGUACUGCGUAAGCCUGCUUGGCCACA